GGGGGGGCAGGGAGAGAACAAGGAGGAGGCGGCGCGGAACGAGCGUCGCGUGUUGGGCUCGAUUCGGAGCGAGGUUCGUGCCGAGAGGGUGCAGACGCGCAGCGGCCGGGCUCAGGCUCCGGGAGGGACAGGAGGAAAGAGAUUCCCUGACCGGCGUCUGGGUGGAACGACCGCACCGGGUCCGAGUGCCAGACCAGCUGAGCCCCAGGCCACCGAGUCCCCGGCACCAUGAGGCUCCCACUCCAGCUGACCUCGCCGCAGCUGCUGCUGCUGCUGCUCGUGACCUCCAGCGCGACCACCGCCGCCGCUCAAGAGAGCAGCUCCUCGGCUCCUCUCCCUCCGGGCGUCGCUAGCCCUCGACCAGAGGGGGACCCCAUCCUGUACGAGGGUCCCCACUUCUACCGCGACUGCCCUCGCGAGUGCUACUGCCCGCCGAGCUUCUCGACAGCGCUCAACUGCGAAGGCCGCCGCCUGCGCUCCGUUCCAGAGGUGCCCUCGCGCGCGAUGCACCUCUACCUGCAGCACAACUUCAUCCGCACCCUGCGCGCCGGACCCUUCGCCAACGCCAGCGAGCUGCGCUGGGUGAACCUCAACGACAACAGGGUGGCCAGCGUCGAGGCCGACGCCUUGGGCGGCCUCAAGCACCUCCUGCACCUCUACCUGGAGCGCAACGCCCUCGCCGAGGUGCCCAGGGGCCUGCCGGACAGCCUGCAGCAGCUGCGGCUGGCCUACAACAAGAUCGCGAGCGUCCCCGCGGAGGCGCUCUCCGGGCUCUCCCACCUCCUCCUGCUGGACCUGACCGGCAACAGCCUGGCCGACGGCGCUCUCACCGGCGACACGUUUAAGGGGCUGUCCAAUCUGGUGCAGCUGAAUCUGCAUGGGAACCGGCUCACGAAGAUGCCGGAGAAGCUGCCGGCCAGCCUCUACCAGCUGUUCUUGGAGGGAAACCUCAUCUCGUCCGUCCCCAAGGGCUACUUUGGCGGCUUUGGGCGCCUGUUCUCCGUCCGCCUGUCCUUCAACAAGCUGACGGACGAGGGUCUGCCGGCCACCAUAUUUAACAUCUCGACCCUGGUGGAGCUCGCGCUGGGGCACAACCAGCUGUCCAAGAUCCCUGAGAUCCCGCCACAGCUGGAGCACCUCUACCUCAACCACAACCGCAUCAAGAGCCUGGACGUGGCGUCGCUGUGCCCGUCUCCCGCUCCGUCCGCCCCGCGUCGCCUGCGCUACCUCCGCCUGGACGAGAACGGGAUCGAGCGAGCUCACCCGGCAGAGAUCAUGGUCUGCCUCCCGCUGCUCAACGCGCUCAUCGUCUGAUGCCACUGCUGGAUGAUGGAGGCCUCCCCCCCCAUGCUGUCACUUUCACGCACACUCCCGCAAUGUUACAACAACAACAACAGCAGCAGAAAAAGUCCACCCAUCGCAAUCUACAGAAUAUGUUGAGAAUAUCUAACGGCACACACAGAAUAUAUAUCGGCACACACACUCCCGCAAUGUAACAACAAUAACAAAAAUAAUCCGCCAAUCGCAAUCUACAGAAUACGUAGAUUGUGAUGGGUUAUGUACUAAACUAAACUUGAAUAUUUUUUACUUUUUUUUACGAUUCGCUUGUUUUUUCCAAUUGCAUGUGAAUUGCAUGGUGAGUAGAAUGUGGUCUGAUGAAUUUACACAAUGCAUAUUCACUAAAUAUAUAUAGAAACAGGAGCAAUACGUUUUUUACAGUAAUUGUAUUAUUAAUUAACUAAUGAUAAGCAUGCCCACAUAUUUACCUAUUAACACGUGCGGUUGUUAAAGACCCCUUCCCCUUACAUGAUUAAACUUCGACAUAUUUUAUAUUGUGGGAAGCGUUCAAUAAAGAUUAACCAAUUAUG